AUGAAGCUUAACUUGGGCCUUCACCUUUUUGCGCUAAGUAUCAGCACCAACCAAGUCCUCGCAUCUCUAUCGCAAUGGCUCUACACAAGCGAAAUCAACGACGAGGCUCUCACUCUCCUAGAGCGUCCCGAAAUCCACGGCAUCCAAAACCUCUACACGUGGAAAUCUCUCGAGCCCCAAAAAGGUCAAUACGACUUCUCCGCCAUAGCACACGACCUCAACCUCACCCGCUCCAAGGGCAAGAACCUCUGGGUCCAGAUCCAGGAUCGCAGCUUCAGUCUUGAGUUCGAUCCUGUCCCGCGCUACCUUCACAAACCAAUUUACAACAACGGCAGCGUGCCCCAAUGCGAUGGGGAUGACUGCGAUAGCAACUUCGUGGCUGGGGGUUGGGCCGCGGCGCAAUGGAAUCCUCAUGUCCGCGAUCGAUUCCAGCGUCUACUGAAAGCUUUAGCGGAUAGAUUCGACGGACAAGUCUACGGGUUCAAUCUCCCCGAGACAUCCAUCGAAGUCCAGUCCAACAACACCGUCUCGGAAUAUACAUGCCAAGGCUAUUUCGAGGGAACGCUCGACAACGCGGGCUACCUAGCCAGCGUAUUCAACCACUCUUACGCCGUGCAAUACGUCAAUUUCUGGCCGUGCGGUUGGGGAAAUGCCCGCAACUACAUGUCCACUUCGUUCAGUUUCUUUGCGGAUCAUGGCGUCGGCAUCGGCGGGCCGGAUAAUAUCCCCUUCAAGACGACUAUGGAGAACAAUGCGUACCCCUAUAUGUCUAAAUAUAGGCAUAGGGUGCCGAUUAAUGUUGUUGCCGUGCAGGAGCCCGACCUGGCGGCGAUUAAUCCGAACACGAGCAAGCCGUUUACAAAAGAGGAGUUUAUGGGGUUUGCAGAGAAGGAGCUGGGAUCGCAGAUUUUGUUUUGGGCUCUUUCUGCGCCGUGGUUGCAUCAGUAA